AUGGCGACUAAAAUAUUAGCUCUUAAAAAUUUUGUUCAUAGUCCGUUUAAAGCUCUACUAAAGCAGCCAGUUUCAUUUAAUAUUAAUAACCUUAAAUGUAUCAGCACAUCUCCGGUUUUUUGUGUAAAUUUUUUCAAUAAAUUACCUGCUGAAAAGCUAUGGAAAUCAGUAACGUCUGUAAGUAAUGCAGGAGCCAAGAAAGGACGUGGUAAAGGGGCUGGACGAAUUCGCAUUAGGGAUUUGAACCGAGGGCAAAUGAUUGGUGUAGGAAAAGUAAACAUGUUAUGGCCUGGACUUUCUGCACCUGUAAUACGUGGGAGGGAGCUACUUAAACAGCAAAGAUUACCUGAUGAUCCAGAGAGAAUGGAAAAGCUUAUCAAAUUAAGAGAUUCUAUGACGAAGUUUAGACGAUUAAAAUUAAGUCCUAUAGAAAGAGGUUGGUCUGGUGUGAGGAUGCCAGGACGUAGCCUUGGGCCCCCUGAUCCAGUUGCUGGUGAGGAAUUUACAGGAUUUGAAACAAAAGUUCUUCAAUUGAGGUCAUUACUUAUUAUGAAAGGAACCCUUGGACGAACAAGAAAUUAUCAAGCUAUGGUAGUAACGGGUAAUGGUCAAGGCUUAGCAGGAUUUGGCUUAGGCAGGGCAAAAGAAGCAUCAGCCGCUUUAAGAAAAGCUAAAAACAGGGCUGGGAAGAAAUUGAUGCACUUUGAUAUUUAUAAUAAUCAUACAGUUUACCAUGAUUUCUAUACUGCAUUUGGGAAAACUAAAAUCUUUGUACAAAAGCAGAAUGAAGGUUAUGGUUUAAUGGUACAUAGAGCUAUCAAAGAGAUAUGCCAAGCGAUCGGUAUCAAGGAUCUUAGAGCUAAAGUGGAAGGAUCAAAUAAUUUACAGCACCUUGUAAAGGCCUUCUUUAUUGGUCUUUUACAACAGCGAUCACAUCAACAAUUGGCCGAAGAAAAGAAAUUACAUCUAGUAGAGUUUAGGGAUGAGAAUGAGUUCUACCCAAUGGUUGUAGCUAGUCCCUCAAAAGUUAGGACAAAAGAGGAAAUACCAAAAGACGAAACCCUGGACUUCAUACAAUAUGUUAUGAAUGAUAAAGUUAUAUUAAAGAAAAAGAAAUUUCCACCUUUUUACAAAACAAUGCCACAUUAUGAGCUAUACCUCAAGAAAUUUGAAAGGUACAGAAAUCAUGAGAAAAUUCGCCUCAACCUUAAAGUCGAGUAUGGAGAGAUGAAAAGCUUUUUAACUGACAAAUACCCAGAUGAAAAAGUUGAGAAAGAUGAUUAA